AUGGGUGGCUCUGAUGCCUGUGGGGCACUUAGCGAGAGGGAAGCUGACAGCCUCACCGGGGACUUGGUGUCUUUAAAGGAUGAGGACUCCAGCAUCCUCUCUCUGGACCAGGAAGACCUGGAGCAAGAGUUUAGUUUGCCUUCCAAGGAUAGCAGCAGAGAAGAUGUGAUACUGGAGGAGGUUGCAUGGAAUUCUGAAGAGCCAUCGCCAGCAUCAUCCAUGAUAAUUCCAGAAAUUAGGACGGAGCAGAUCUUUUCAGAGAGGAUCCCUGGAGACCUGACCGUCCCUCCACCGUCUCUGGAAGGGAUGUCCCCAAACAACCUGACGGAUGAGGCCAAUUUUGCAAUCGAGCGGGUUCUGGGAGAAAUGAGAGCCAAUAUCUUGACGGAGGCGGAAGCAGAAGUGAGCAUCCUUGCUAGAGAAUUGAAAGAGAGCCUUGAAGAGGAUGCCUGCUGCGAUUUGGACGAGCCGCACAGCAUCAUGAACUGCAGGGUGUGCCAGCUGUUUGUUCGCACUGUGGACAGGCUGCUAGACAAAUCGGAGGAACUCAUGGAUCAUUACCUUCCCCUUACCGAGGAGGAGAUAGGCAAUCUGAAGAGGGCUGUUGAGGAGAUAGAUGAUUCCGGCACAGACCACCAGAUACAAGCGUGCCUAGUGAGGAUCAGCGAUUUGUCCAGCAAACUCCGCCAACGGGCCUACAUGAUGGCGUUGAGCAAGCUGCGGCUGGCCAGGCGGAAUACCCAGCAGAGCCUCUGCCAGCUCCACGAGACGUUGGAUUUGAUUGAACAGGUGCAGCAAGGUGCGGACCCAGAUACUGGAUCACAUUAUGCACAAAUGAGCGUGCUGUCUGUGCAGUAUUGUCAGAGACAGGGGCAGAGUUUUAUCAGGGAAAAGCAAGAUUUCAAGCCAGAGCACAUUGGGAUGCCCCUUGCGCAGAGCAGCAUGAUUGAGAGAGAGGAAAUCGGGAAGCCCCUUGCGCAGAGCACCAUGAUAGAGACAGCAAAGGUGCCUCCCACAGAGGUCUGCCGCCCAGAGAAAGCCGAGACACCUCCUCCAGAGAUCAGCCGGCUAGAGAUGGCAGAGACACCUGCAGAGAUCAGCCUCCCAGAGGUCGAGAUGGCACCUGCACCAAUCAGCCGUCCAGAGAAGGUUGAGAUGGCACCUGCACCGAUCAGCCGUCCAGAGAAGGUCGAGAUGGCACCUGCACCGAUCAGCCGUCCAGAGAAGGUCGAGAUGGCACCUGCACCAAUCAGCCAUCCAGAGGUCGAGAAGCCGCCCACACCAAUCAGCCAGCCAGAGAAGGUCGAGAAGCCGCCCACACCAAUCAGCCGGCCAGAGAAGGUAGAGAAGCCGCCCACACCAAUCAGCCGGCCAGAGAAGGUCAAGAAGCCGCCCACACCAAUCAGCCGGCCAGAGAAGGUAGAGAAGCCGCCCACAGACCUCAUCCACAGAGAUGUGGCUAACAUCACACUAACGGCACCGGGUUGCGACGAGGAGGACGAGAUCACUCUAAGGAUGCGAGCGCAGAAAGAGGACGACGACAGCCCUGUCUCUGAAAUAGAAGCCAAAACGUUGGCAAUGUCCCUAAACCUGACCGAAAAUCUCCAGGGAACGUACGAGAACCUCCUGGCAAACCUGAAAGACCUCCCGGAAAAUCUGCGGAACAAGCUGUACCACACUUGCCGGAAUAUGGCUGAGCUGCAUGCCGAUUUUGCCUCGGCCCACCAUCUUGGGGACCUCUCUGGCGAUCUCUUGAACAAGAGCUUUGAGAUGAUGGCUGAAGCUCAGGGCUCCAUGGAUGAACUCAUGGAGUAUGCUUUGCAAAGCCCCGAAGCGCUCCUGUGGUUGAAAGACCACCUGCCAACCCCAGAAUUGAAGGCGGAAGGGGAGAUGUUCCUCAAGGAGAAAGGCCUGCUUCCCACCAAGGAAGAACAGGAAGAGGAGGCCCCACCUUCCGGCAAACAGGUGGCAGAGGAGUGGAACAUCUUGAACAUCCAGAAGGCCUACGACCCAAAAGGUUGUGACGAGGAAACGCCUUCAGGAAAGGAGGUCUGGCUUUCUGGCAAACAGGAGCUGCAGGAGCGGAACAUAUUAAAAAUCCAGCAGACCUACGAUCCCAAAGGUUGCGAUGACGAAGCUGCUGCUGAUAAGGCAGAGGGGGCGGUGGGCCGCCCUUACGGGCAGGAAAUGGAGAACAUCUUGAAAAUCCAGCAGGCCUACGAUCCAAAAGGUUGUGAUGAUGAGGCUGUCAAGGAGGAGAAAGAGGAGGUGGUCCAACCUUCUGGCAAGGAGGAGGACAUCUUGAAAAUCCAGCAGGCCUUUGACCCAAAAGGUUGUGACGAGGAAGUGCCUUCUAGACAAGAGAAGGAAGAGGUCCCACCUUCCAACAAACAGGAAGCGAGGGAGUGGAACAUACUGAAAAUCCUGCAGGCUUACACGCCAAAAUUUUCUGAUGAAGAACCACCUUCCAACAGGGAGGCAGAGGUGGAGAUCCCAUCUUCUGGCAUGGAGGAGAUGAAAGGGUGGGACAUAUUGAAGGUCCAGCAGGCCUACGACCCGAAAGGUUGUGACGAGGAAGCCUCUACCAAUAAGGACAAAGAGGAGGGCCAACUUUCUGGCGAAUGGGAGAGAGAGGGGUGGAACAUCCUGAAAAUCCAACAGGCCUAUGACCCAAAAGGUUGUGAUGAGGAUGCAUCUUCCAGCAAGGAGGAUGAGGUGGUCCAACCUUCCGACAAAGAAGUGGUGAACAUCCUGAAAAUCCAGCAGGCCUAUGACCCAAGAGGUUGCGACAACGAAGGCUCUAUGGGCAAGGAGGAGGUAGUGGUCCAACCUUCUGACAAAGAGGUGGAGAACAUCCUGAAAAUGCAGCAUGUCUAUGUUCCUGAAGGUUGUGAUGAGCAACCACCUCCUAGAGGAGAGAAGGAAGUGAUCCCACCGCCCAGCAAACAGGAAGCGAGGGAAUGGAGCAUAUUGAAAGUCCUGCAAGCAUACGCGCCUACAUUUUCUGAUGACGAAGCACCUCCCUGCAGGGAGGAGGUGGAGGCUGUGGUGAUGACUCCACUGUCUGGCAAAAAGGAAGGGAAGGAGUGGGACAUUCUGAAAAUCCAACAGGCCUAUGACCCAAAAGGUUGUGAUGGUGAAGCCUCUACCGGGAAGGAUGAGGCCCAACCUUCUGGAAGACAGGAAAUGGAAGGGUGGCACAUUCUGAAAAUCCAACAGGCUUAUGACCCAAAAGGUUGUGAUGACGACUCUAGCCAUAAAGAGGAGGCGGGCCCGCAGCUUGGCAAAUGGAGUGCGGAGAGGUAUAACAUAGUGGAAAUCCAGCAAGCCUACGACCCAAAAGGCUGCACUGAAGAAGACAAAUAA